AUGCCCUCUCCUGGGAAUGCCCCUCCUCAGCAGCCUCCCCUGGACGGCUCCCACCGGUAUGGGCCGAACCUCCGUGCCACUGGUGCCUCAGGCGUCGAAUGGGACGGUUCGGAUCGGAUGUUAGAUUCCACUGGCGCCCUUCUCUCCUCGUCACCUGAAGAUGACCACGAGGACCGUGAUUUCCCCGGAGGCAGGGACGAGGAGAGGAAGUCUGCCUUCUACGAUUACAAACAGGAAAAGACUCUAAAGCAAACGGACGCAAAGAUGAUUUACCAGCAGCAGCAGCAAGCAAAUAGUGGUUGGAACUCCCCGGUAAUGCGUGCUUCUACGGGGAACUGGGCAGGCCCCGGCGGUGGCAGUGGUAUUGGGAACCUGGGCAGAGCGGAAAGUGUUAGGUCAUUUACAUCCUCCCCCCAGCAGCCCCACCUCCACCACUCGCACCACCAGUACUUGGGACCAGCUUCUGGAGGCUCUACCUUAAGUAUUACUGGAUCAAGAGGCCUUGGUAACACUGCACUACCGCCGCUGGGAAUGGCUUCGCACGAGAAACCUAAGGAGCACGGAGGUAUACAGGCACCUGAAAUGGGCCGCUUUGAUCCCCAUGGUGUUAUUGGCGGCGCCACUGGGCGGAGAGGGGACUUUAUUAAUCCACAGGGGGAAAUGCUCCCCGGGUCACAAGGUGGAUACGUAGACAGUGAGUAUAGAUUCCUUCUUGGCAUUGCAUCUUGGAAUCUUCGAUCGCUCGGAUUCAAUGAACAUGAAAGUGACAUCAUAUUUGCGUGCAUAGGGGAUCCCACUCUUUCGGCAGAGCUUUCGACCAUCUACACUAAUGUUCAGAAGAUCCUGGAUAUACGUCAUAAGUAUUUGCGAGUAUCGCUACAAGGCCAUGCUGAUAAUCCUAAGGACGACCCUAUCUGGAAGAUUUACCCACCCCCACCACCGCCUGUCUGGGUCGGGGAUGGAGCUACCCAUCCACAGACACCAGGGUGUAGUGCGGGAGGUUUACAGGAGAUUGAAGGUGCUAGGAAGGAAGCAAACGCGACAGCUCAGAAGGAGGCUCGGAAGUCUGGACAAAAUAUUGGGGAGGAUUUUACCUUUGAGGAAUGCGAAAUCCCUGGAGAGGAUGAAAUGGAAUUUAGGAAGGAUGGCCAUGGCGUAUUCCAGGUAUAUGAGAACAAAAAAGGUAACCCCCAGUUCGGGGCGAUUUGUUCAAUGCAAUGCCCUGACUGCUGGUCAUAUCACAGCUCUGGAUGCCGAUAUGCCUGUAGUGGCUAUUCCUACGCUUAGGGAGUAUUAUAUCGACUCGGAUAAGAUUCUUGAUAUUUCGAGCGAUGGCCCGAGUAAGAGCUUCGCGUUUAGGCGGCUGCAGUAUCUUGAGGGCAAGUGGAAUUUGUACACUCUACUGAACGAACAUCAGGAGAUGGCAGACUCCAAGGUAAGUCGCUCGGUAGAAUAUCCGCUUCGGGAUUUGGAUCUAAGCUUGCCGGGGUUUUAGAGGGUGCCCCAUAGAGAUUUUUACAAUGUGAGGAAAGUUGAUACGCACGUUCACCACUCUGCUUGUAUGAACCAGAAGCACCUCCUACGGUUUAUCAAGCAUAAGAUUAGGAGAUGCCCGGAUGUGAGCACUUCUCCUAUUUCAGGAACAUGUAUUCCAUGCGCAAAGGAAAUGACUGGAUAAUAGGAAAAAGUCCUCUUUAGGGACGGGAAGCAUCUUACGUUGACUGAGGUGUUCGAGAGUAUCAGUUUAACUGCAUAUGACCUCAGCAUCGACACCUUAGAUAUGCACGUACGUGAUGGCCGUGUCCAGAUGAAGGGGCUGGAGUGCCAACAAAUCGAUAUUUUUUGAUUGGGCAAUUAUUAACCCUUAUCCGGAGGUAGGCCCACACCGACUCGUUCCACCGCUUCGACAAAUUCAACCUCAAGUAUAAUCCAGUGGGAGAAUCUCGCUUGAGAACCAUUUUCCUUAAGACGGAUAAUGAUAUCAAGGGCCGCUACCUCGCUGAGAUCACCAAGGGUUUGUGCCAGAUGGGGCUUGUUCCUUUAGCAUAACAUAUUGUACUAAUUUCCGGGAAAUAUAGAGGUUUUCCAGGAUCUAGAGGCAAGCAAAUAUCAAAUGGCCGAAUAUCGCAUUUCAAUAUAUGGACGUGCAGAAGACGAAUGGGAUAAGCUGGCAGCAUGGGUGGUGGACCACAAGCUAUUCUCACACAAUGCUCGCUGGCUGAUUCAGGUUCCACGCCUCUAUAAUGUUUACAAAUCUACUGGCCUUAUCAAUUCCUUUGAUGAGGUGGUUCGCAACAUCUUCAAGCCGCUUUUCGAAGUAACAAAGGACCCGUCAUCGCACCCCAAGCUUCACGUAUUCCUGCAGAGAGUAGUUGGCUUUGACAGUGUGGAUGAUGAGAGCAAGGCUGAACGAAGGACCUUCAAGAAGUUCCCAUCUCCACCGGAAUGGACCGUUAAUUCAAACCCACCAUACAGUUAUUGGAUUUAUUACCUGUUUGCGAACAUGGCGUCCUUGAAUGUCUGGAGAAAACAACGUGGGUUCAAUACGUUUGUUUUGCGUCCGCAUUGUGGCGAGGCAGGAGAUACAGACCAUCUGGCUGCUGCAGUGCUUUGCUGCCACUCAAUUAGUCAUGGUAUCCUGCUCCGCAAAGUUCCUCUCUUGCAAUAUAUCUUUUAUCUUGAUCAGAUAGGAAUUGCAAUGUCUCCGCUCUCGAAUAAUGCACUCUUCCUUGCAUACGACAAGAAUCCUUUCCUGUCGUACUUUAAACGCGGAUUGAAUGUCUCGCUCUCUACAGAUGAUCCACUACAAUUUGCAUUCACUAAGGAGCCUCUCAUUGAAGAAUACUCCGUUGCAGCACAGAUCUAUAAACUUAGCGCUGUGGAUAUGUGCGAGCUGGCUAAGAACAGCGUCCUCCAGUCCGGGUUUGAGGGAGCUAUCAAAGCGCGAUGGCUGGGAAACGAUUACCAUCUGCCGGGGUCUGAAGGGAAUAACAUGGAUAAGUCCAACGUGCCCAAUAUUCGAAUGACUUUCCGGUACCAAACGUUGCGCGAAGAGUUAAAAAUGUUCUCUGGUCUCCUCUCAUUCAAUGGACAGCAUACUAACCUAGGAUAGGCUCGAACGCUACACCUCCGCUCAGGUUGUGGCUGGUUCCGCAGGUCGCCGGAGUGCUGUGGUUGGCGGGAGGCUCACCCUGCCGGGAACACUAUCCCAACCCUCCCGACCCCACUCACCAACAACUAGCAUGCAAACAAACCCAACGUCGGUGCCGGAGCCUCCUUCGUUGCAAGGUGAUCUCUCGCCAACCCAGCCUCCGGUGUCUCUAGGUUUCUCCAAGCUCCCUGCAUCAGUUCACGUCCAUGAUUUCCAGCGCCAUACUGCUUCCAUAAACCCUCCAUUGACUCCCGGAACAGAGCCUCGAGAUGGCUACCCAAACAUUCCAGUCUUGGCCAGGUCCAAUACCACAGGCACCGCUGCAGUACUGAGGAAUCAUACUGGCGGUAGUUCUGGAGUCCCCGGCGGCUAUGGGGAUUAUCACAUUAGUGGCUCGGAGCCUAGGGUCUGGCCAGGUGUCAUAAGCAGGCGACAGGCAAGUACUUCUGAGAAAGACAGCAUAAACAGGGGGGUCGAAAAUGAGGCAAAGGGCAGCAAUCAUGGGAGUGUUACUGGUGGUUAAGCUAUUCUGGGUUGUGCUCAAUCAGGGUUUCUCUUACAAUGUCCUCUGGCUUUUUUCGUGAGGGUUGGCGUUGGCUUUUGUGGUAGAAAAAAAUUGAUACCCUGCUGUUCGCCAGGGGAUUGGUCUAG